CAAUUAUCAAGGCAAAGUAGGUUGAUAAGAUAAUGCAAUCAAGUCAUUUUCAUUUUGGGUGAUGCCUUUAAUAUAUGAAUAUUUGUAUAUUUUAAGGAACAGCAGUUGUACAAAAGGACACUUAUUGAAACACUUUCAAUAUGGGAAAUUAUUCCUCGUCUAGGCCAUCUUUGAUGGAGGAGCCAUGGAGACAACCAUCCCACUGGUAUGACAGGCUUGAAAAUUCAAUUCGUAGUGAAAUUGACGACAUCAAACCAAAAGAGAAAGCAAAUAUUGUAUUUGUUGGACCAAUUGGAGCAGGAAAAUCAUCAUUUAUCAAUUCAAUUUUAACUGUUGCCAACAGACAUAAAGUCGAAUAUGCGCCGGUUAAGAAAGGAAGCAAGAGUUGUACAGUUAAAUAUGUGAAUUACAAAGACAACAUAAUGCUUGAAAACUUUCAAUGGAAAGAUUGUAUGGGGAUAGAACAAGGUGAAGAAGACGGGUUUAAUACAAAAGACAUCAUAGCUGUUCUUAAAGGACAUGUAAAAGUUGGUUAUGAGUUUAACCCACGCACACCAAUUUCGAAAGAUGAUAGGUUUUACCGUGAAAAUCCACAGUAUAAACAUCAGGCCCAUUGCGUUGUUUUUGUAGUUGAUGGCAAUGCCAUACAGCAACACAUGCCACGAAACUUUUCAAAGAAAAUAAAAGAAAUGCAGGAAGAAAUAAGGCGGUUACAUAUACCACGGGUACUUAUAUUGACGAAAGCUGAUUUACUUUGCAAGGAAGUAUACAAGAACAACGAAGUUAUGUUCCGAAGCUGGCUCGUUAAAGAAGCUGUUAAGACAGCAAGUGAUAUAUUUAACAUUCCUGAAGCCUCGAUACACCCAGUCACGAAUUAUGAAAGAACAUAUGAUAUGACCUGGAAGUACAACAUACCAAUUCUUCUUGCUUUAACGCAAAUAUUACAUUAUGCAGAUCACAAGAUUGAAGACGAUCUUCAGAACAGCGACAGUGACAGUGAAUAAACAAAUGAGUUUUCAAAAACAA